ACAGCAGUAGUCGAAUCGAGCAGCUCGACAAAUUUAGACUGACGCCAAAACACAAAGUAGAGAAUCUAUUUUUAAUACAAAAUUCUGAAAAAAUAGUGAAAAAGUUCAAAUCACACACAGUCGCAAGGCAGAGAUGUCAACGCCAAGCAAUAUCACUGAAGCAAAUAAAUUUGUCAAAAAACUGCAACUGACGCAAGCAGAAUGCAUGCAAAUUUUAACAAAAGCCCGUGGCACACAAACAGAUUUGCAGAUUAAGGAAUUCAAAUUGGUGCCGCAUUCGUACCCAAAUGGGUUUCUUGGCGAAUAUUAUGAUUUGUAUGUGCUUUACAACAUUGCCGGGUGUGGUGAAAACGAGAAUCUUACCGUUAGGCGUGAGCUACUCACAUUUCAGGCGUUUGUGAAAAGCAUACCACAGGCCAGUAUGGAACCGGAAAAAGAAGCCAUAUUUCUUAAAGAGGCAACACUGUAUGGCACACUCUUGGAACGGUUGCAGAAGUAUUCUACAGCCUCGUGGUCGCCACGCUGCUUCUACACGCACGAUGAUCUUAUUGUCCUCGAGCAUUUAGAGCUAGCAGACUAUAGGCUCUGCCCCAACCCUGAUGAGUACAUUAGUGACAUCAACUUGAGGCAGGUACUGCGUGGCUUGGCAACACAACAUGCAUGUUGUUUGGCACUCGAACAAAAAGAAAAUAUCUCCUUGGGCGACUCUUGCCCACUCCUACAACUAGAAAUUACUGUGUCGCCAACAGUGCCUUGGUACACCAAUGGAUUACAAGCUAUACUUGCUGUCAUUCAAACACAACUGUCAGGUGAAUCGGCUGAGCUGAAGGCGAAAAUUGAAGCACGUUUACCAAGUACCAUUGAAAGCGUUUACGAUAUGACAAAUAGAUCUAGUAAAUAUCGCAAUGUGUUGUGUCAUCGCGACAUUUGGCGGGGCAAUAUCUUCUAUAGAGUAAACGACGAGGAAGCAGCGGCUUUGUUUGUUGAUUAUCAAACGGCGCGGUAUUGUCCGCCAGCGAUCGAUUUGAUAUUCGCAUUAUUCAUGAAUUUAGAAUUGACGACAAGAGAUGCUAAGGAAGUGGAAUAUUUGCGAUUUUAUUACGAUUGUCUGCAGCGGAAUUUGAUCGCCAAUGGCUUUGCGAUGACUGAUAUACCCAUUUCAUACGGCGAGCUGCUUUCCUCCUACGAAGAAUUUCGACCCUUCGGUUUGCUCUACAGAGCGAUCGUUACAACGAUUCUGAAAGUACCGCGCGAGUUUGUGACCGCUGAGUAUGUUCACGUGGCACGCACGGCAUCUGUAUUGAAGCUUAUGGCCGAACUGCCCCGGUUUAAAAAGUGUCUAGAAGAACGUGUAAAGGAAAUCGUAACAUUUUUCGCUAAAUGA